AUGUCAACAACGCCUUCCGCGCCAUCCUCCCAGCCAAAGCCGGCUACUCCCGCUCCCUCACAGAGCCAGCCAUCCGGCAGCGCUGGUGAUCUCCUCAAAGCGCUGGACAAUGCACUGGCAUUCGCUGCCUCCAAACCUGAAGCAGCCCGUCAGAUAGCUGAAGCGCUGAGAUCUCACAUGCCUGGCUUGGUCACGCUCGCGCAUGAAGGAAGGCUCACCCAAAGCCAGUUUCAACAGUUGGAGGCACUAAUGAAGAGCGGCAGCCAGCCGGCACCGCAACAGCCUCAGGCGGCGAUGAGCGCGGCGAAUGGAUGGACGAACGGUCGCCCAACACCACAACGCUCGCAGAGUGUUGCUACUUCUGUUGUCCCUCAAACCCCUACCGCUGCAUCGUACAAUGCAUACUAUCCCAAUGGCGUCCCGGCGCCCGAAUACGAUGAGAGAGAAUGGCUACGUCAACAAAUUCAGCAACUCGCGAUUCAGAUCGAUCCCGACGCGGUGCUCGAAAAGGACACGGAGGAGCUGCUAAUCGACGCGACGUUCGAUUUCAUUAAGGAUACCACCGAGUUUGGCUGUAGGUUGGCGAAGCACAGGAGUGCUGAUGUACUGGGAGUGAAGGAUGUGCAGCUGUAUUUGGAGAGGCAACUGGGCAUCAGGAUACCCGGAUUCGCCACAGAAGAGACGCGCCAACCGCAAACGGACUUACCAAUCGCUGCCCCACCGAAGGCAAAGCCUAUCGCUGGCGCUCGCAAAUAA